UGAUAUUUAUACCACGUGAACUCGUUAAAGGAACAGGAUGUUUCAUGGAGGCCGUCGAAAAGGAAGUUUCGUUGAAGAAUAUACUCGUUUUUGAUCUCACAUCGGGGAUAUUCCAUCGUAAUGGAAUAUUCCAAUAUGCCAACGAGCAGAGAAAAUAAUAUGACAAUGGACCCCGUUUUGAACAACACCUUCCAAAAUGACGUACAUAUGCACGAACGGAUAGCUGUUAUUCUACGUCAGCAGAACAUCAACAUGACUGUUGAAGAAUACCUGUCAUCAAUAUCGUCCUUGACCGACUCUGCAGCGUCUCUCACAACCACGCUUCCCGUCAACAUCCGUUACGUCAGUGAAGGCAUCAGUUGGGGCGUGGUUGCACCGCUCAUUCUGAUUGGUCUGUUUCUCGUCGCCAUAGCUUCCUGUUUGUACUGGCAGUCGUGGAAAGAGAAACGACGCAUGCGUCACUUCAUUUCCCAGCAACGACCACCGGACAUGAUGCCAUACGAGAGGUCGGGCGAAACCAGAAUGUCAAUGAGAUCAAUCGAGUCACAGCGAUCACGUGGUUCUAGCACGUGCGAGAGAGUGCCAACGGUUCCUUUCCGACGUCAGAACUCAAAAUUCUUCUUGCGGGCUGAGGAAGAGACGAGGACUGUGGCAACGUUGGCAAGGAAGUUGUCGCCUAUAGACGAGAGGCCUCACCACAGAUCGGUGGAUACAAUGGUCACGAUGGCAGAGCGCAGUGAAGACGAUGGAGAGAUACCACUGGUUCCAGCUGUACAGGUGAGCUGGGGAACGCCCAAAACGAGUGGCACCGACAGCAGGCUCGACGUUCUGAAAGGUGUCGAGAAUCCGUGCUUCUCAGCGCCAGGGAAAUUGGUCGGGAACGUGUACUGCGAUGAGUGUAACGCCAUGAGCUCUCCCUACUUCCCCAACAACAACACCCCGACUACGGAGUACGACAUGGACUCUGAGAAAAGCGGCAACGUUGCUGCAGCUAUGGAACAUCCCGACGGCGUGUACCCGUCAAAGCCGUACCAUACCAUACAACCCUUGCCAACGUCUUUCGAUGGAGCCGAAAUAUCAUCCAUCACUGUCCCCGAAAGUAGCCACGCGCAAGUGUUGAAUAAUGGACAGUCAUCGUCGGGUAGUGCUGCUUCCAGUGGGACCCUCAGCCUCCCUAGCAGCAUCUCGCGAUUCCACGCCAGUCGCCAUAACAACACCCCAAACUACCCUUUCGCCAGUACCCGGAACUGUUCCCCAAUGAGGCUUAAUUUCACCGUGUCCAGUAGCAUCGAGGUCUCCGACCACUACUCCGACAAUACCUCCAUGUAUCCGUGUGUUGGAAGCAGUUCCACCUCCAUCGGAACCCAAGCAGCGUCCAGAACAAACACCCUUCACUCCCUCAACAGCGACGACAUGAGGACCUACCAUCUCGACCCAAGGUCGAGGUCAGUCAGCGCCCCCGAAACCCGUCGAGCAAGCGUCGAAGUUGUUCCUGGAUAUAAAGCAUACAGCGUUGAAGUCGAUUUGUUCCGUAGCAUCAAUGUCUCCGCUCAAACGUCUUCGGGGACUCGUUCUUGCGUUUCGGCCUCAGUCUCGUGUUCAGUGGCAGGGGGCGUGGCCCACCACGCCACCCCUGUAUCGACUGACGGGGCCCAGUGGGAUACCCAUUCCCUCUGUGGGAACAGACAAACAGGUGCUUGAUGAGAACCAGAAUGUUCAUGGCUAUGACCUGAGUGCUUUGCCAGGACGGAAGGUAAAGUUCUCUGUGCCUGUUCUUGACAAGAAACAGUACUGGGUCUGAGUUCGGACCUGUUUUGACGUUUGUUAAUCAGUUGGUUCCUGCUUUGUUAAAUUUGAUCUUUAUUCCGUUUACUCUGGAAGGUUUCUCAUGAAGUAUAUCAUAUUAUGUAAACAUGUUGUACUGACAUUUGAUUUUUAUAAACCUAAUUAAUUCA